AUCUUGUUGUGAAGAAAAGGGCGGAUACGUUGAGAGGCUGCAGGUUACCUAGGCAACAACCGCACGAUCUGUAAACAUUCAACAGCUUCUGUUCUUCUUCAAUUCGCAGCAGGUUAGCAGUCAUUCCUGACACAACAUUUAAUGAUUGUUUCAUCUGGCAGGUUAUCGUAGAUAAUAGUUUACCUCACACAGAACGUAAACCGCCUUGAAGCUUUCCGUUUACGAUGCAGGCUGCAUUACGAUGGGAAAUUGGUCGUGCAGUAAGAGGGGCUGUAUUCAUCCAAAACUACUGAAAACGUUCAAAAAUGUGUUUGUGACAACGCAGGACAAUUUAUGACUACAAUAUAUAUUUUUUAGGUGUAAAUUUUAUAACCAUCCCUAAAAACGUAUGCAAAAAAUGUGAGCUGAACUUGCAGACAUGUGAAUGUGUAUUAUGGCAGUUAUCCACUGGGGGGCGUCAUAGAUCUCGGCUGAAGAAAACGUGAAGGCUACAAAAAAUUAGACAUCUGAUCUGAUCACCCGGGCUUGAAAAGUUUAUGGAGUGAAUUUCAAGGGAAGACAUCUUUAAUUCACUUUUUUGUUGUUGAGUGUAUGCUUCUUUUCUGUCCACGUCACAGUUUUAUCAUGCAGAGACCGGAUUUAGAGGAGACAGACCACAGAGUGGUGCUCCGCAACGAGAAGUUCCUGAAUAUUCUGGAAGAAGUGAUGGAACUCAACUGGCUUCAUGGCAAAACCCAGCCGGAGAAGAAAGAAUUGCUUGUAAAGACCCUUCCCUCGAUUGCUUCUGGUGCUGUGGAAAACAACGAUUUCAUCUCUCUUCAAGUCCUCCUAGAACAAAUGGAUGUCAAUUCUGGAGGCUACGAUAAAAAAACCCCUCUCCAUACAGCCUGUCAGGUGGGAAAUGAGGAAAUGGUAAUGUUCCUACUGGACAAUGGGGCUUCAUCUCAGUCCGAGGACAGGACAAUGUCAAAGGACAAAGGACCUCAGUCUGGACAAUGCCCAAUGUACUCUGCCAUUAAGAACAGGUAAACCCAAGCCUUUAUUUAAACAGGAUGUGAACUCAAUGAGUUCCAAUGAUUUGUUUAUUUAGCUGAAUUGACAUUGAACUACUAAAGAGCCAUUUAUUCAUUUAUGUUGCCA